CUCCAAAAUACCUAACCGGGUGCCACUACAAAGUGACGGUACCCCUUGAAAAGGUACCUAUGUCAUGCACAUGUCGAUCAGGCAGAAGCCUUCAUCAUUCAUGCAGAGCCCCUUCAGAGAAAACUUUCCAGUUUCAACCCCAGCCAUGCUGAAAAAGAAUCCAAGAGCGUUGAAUUGGUUUGAAUUUGACAAAGAAACAGAAGAGAACUUUAAGACGUGUGCUUCAGAUUUCUGAUGCGCAAUGUCUCUCGCAGCCGUGUCUGACGCAAAACGCAAGCGCCUUGCUGCUUUAGAAGAACGGCAAGCCAAGUCGACGAUCUGCAAGGAAGGUUUUCAAAUCCAGGAAUCGUCCCCAAGUAGAAGACUGAUAUCAGACAAAAUAUCAAAAGGUGAACUACAUGUAGCUGGUCUUCCAGGCUCACUGAGAGAUUCCCUUGUUGAAGUGCGAUCUCUGGUUGAUGAUCCAUCCUCCUUCAUUGAAUCAUUCCUAACAAAUCUUCUACUGGGGGAUGUCACCAGACCCGACGAGAUAAUCAGUACUCGAGUCAAGGACAAGAUUGUUCUCCUAGACAAUCCCGCACUUGGCAAAAGCAGGAGGGACCGAGAUGCACAAAGCCGGACGGUCCGAUGUCUGAAGCACAUGAGCCUAAGGGAGCACCGGCGAAAUGGGACAUUCAAGAUCCCACCCGAGCUCCAACGAUUUGAACUGUACGAGCCUUUACAGGCUAUCUGGCAGGAGUACAUCCUGAAGCUAACGCAAGGAUGCGGCGGCCAGGCACUCAUGUCCCGCCUGCUCACAGCCGACUACCAUGGUGCGUUCCUGUCCGUCAGCGCGUCCAAGGAUCCGACGUACAUUGGAACUGAGGGCCUGAUCGUGCGGGAGACGCAAAACACGUUCCAGAUGGUAACGACCCAGAAUCGUCUGCAAGUGGUCCCUAAGCGAGGGUCCAUCUUCCAGAUGAAGCUGGGGAACAAUUUAGUGAGCCUGUUUGGUAAUCAGAUUGUGGAAGAAAGGGAGUUCACGCAGUCUGGUAAACGGACGCCAAAAAGUAAGAGUGCUCUGCCAACAAUCGAGCUUUGAGAAUCUGGUAAAUAAUAUAGUAAUUUGGUAAUCUGUUCGUUCAUCUCAUGGCAGAACCCAUAUUACAACAGCGCAGCUUACAAUGGUCGCGGCCUCGGCACUGAUGUAAAGUGCUUGAUGCCCUAUGUCUGAAUCAUGC